CUGAACGGACGGUAGUCAAAACUAUACAACAUGAAAUAUAUCUGUGUGUUGAUGUGUUCUCUGGUGGCUGUAGCCUGCGUUGCUGGACAAGGGGUUCCGACUAAGCCAUGCUCGUCAGGCGAGCACUCAGUCCUCUACUGUCCACGCAAGGCCGAACCGGACUGCAGCAACCCUCAAGUGCACGACUUAGGUCGCCCGGCCGCGUGUGGCAUCCCCGACUGCUUCUGCAAUGUUCCUACUGUCAGAAACUUGGCCACUGGCAAGUGCGUGCUUCCUGCCGACUGUCCGAAGAAUGUGACUUAGUACUCCCAGUAGUGCCUUUAUGAUGUGGAAAU